AUGCGCCUUCAAGACUCGCAAGGACUGCCUCGUAGCCAGCAAUAUCCGUCGCCCAACCCCGCCACUGGACAAUCGGCCUGCUUUCCCUUUCUCAACUGUCAGGACCUCUCCAUCGACAUUCGCAUCACCAUGGCAAACCAAAACUACGUCGACCAGAGACCCGUCCGUUCAGGCGGACUGUCAGACCAUAUGGAUAGCAGACGCUCGUCCAUGACCCAGCCUCAUGUUACGGCCUAUCCGGAGCUUGAAAGCCCCCCUUACUCUGUUACAACUUUCAGCCAGCAACACCAGAUUAACGAACAACAUUUGUUGACACCCGUCUCCGCUACCGGCUCGCCUUGUAUCCAGCAGACCGUCAAUCUGCCCCAGUACCCCUCCGCAAUGACGCCAAUGCAGUCGCAAACCAGCCCUGCUGGUCCCUCAGGGAUGCCGUGGCAUCACGCGGUCAGCAUGGACACAACCCAAAGUCAAGUCGGCUCUCCAAUGUCCAUCAACCCGACAACCUCCGAAGGCCAGUUUGAGAUGAGCUAUAUCCCGGCAGAAAACGACGAUGUCCCCAAGCCACCCGCAGACUACUAUUGGGGCAAUUACUUGGUUUCCGAGCAGUCGGAGCCGGAGCAAGGCUCUCUAUCUCCCCAAAUGCCUCCUGAGUACUACAUGUCUCACAACGGACAGCACGCCAUGCAGCCGCAGCCGAUGGUGGAACAUAUGUCUUCCGAGCUGCCCAUGCCACAACACGCUGCCCUUUCUGCCCAAGCGCCAUACUAUCCCCAACAUAACCCUCAUGCUUGUGUGGAACAACCCGACAUUGCCCACUUCAGGGACACGGCUACCAGAAGACGCCAGCUCGGAUAUCACCUUCCAAGCACACAAUUUGCUCGUCAGGAGCCCACUGUGCAGGCACCCGGUCCUUCAAGGCCCAGCAGCUCUGAGUCAGUAGGACGGGUGGCGAGGCAACCUCGUAUGAGGGGUCGGACCACACCACCCUUGAGAGAAUCGACAGAGACAGACAACAUUGUCCAGGUGCAACUCGAGGAGAAUGUCCCUGAUCUUCCCGAUAACUUCGUUAUCAAAGAAGUUUGCCCCCCCGAACAUCGGUAUCUCUUCGAAAAGCAACGGGAGAUGACGUUGGCGGGCUACAAUGGGCUCGGCAUGUGGGAUGUUAUAACGCCCGAGUUCAAUGCCUUGUUCGACGUGGAAUCCAAAACUUCUCGUCUUCAGAUGCUGGUUUCAAGAGGAAGAUACAAGUUCCUAGAGAUGUCACCGAGAGAUGUAAGUCCGUCCCGGUUCCUCGACGAUAUGACAAGCCGAGACAACAGACUGACAGAAAGCCAGCAACAUCUUGCGUUGAAGGCAUAUGGGUUUGUCUGCCAACAAUUUCAUAAGAUGGCUGUACUCAAAUUCAGGGAGUUUGGCGGCGGUCAGACUACGCCGUGGGGUCAGAGUGACCUCGAAGAAUUCGCGGUCGACAUGGGUCUGGUGGAAGAGCGCUUUGUGCCCAUGCCGAAAGAUCCCCAGGUGAAAACACGCAGGUUGAAGAAAGUCAGCAGCCGAUUGCGAUCCGGCGCCUACGCCAAUGCUGUCCUCCAAGAGGUAGCGGAAAACGGCGGCGGGCUUUUUGAGCAGAACCCAGAGCUCCAUGACCAGGUUACGGAUGAAAUAUUCGAGUACAGGGGCGAUGAUGCCGAAGAGGAGGAGGAAGAUCAUGAGGCCAUGCUCGACAUGAUUUCCCAAACUAGCUCAAAUGGAAGUGGAUUGGGAAUCAAGACCGAAGACGACAAUCAGAGCGUGGGAACUACCUCUGGUAAGGCCGCCAGCACCGGCAAGAUCGCCAGGCCAAGAAAGGCACCCGCGAAGCCCAAGGCGCCGGCGAAGCCCAGGGCACCAGCAAAGCCCAGGGCGCCGGCGAAGCCCAGGGCACCAGCAAAGCCCAGAGCCAAGGGACGUCUCGCACCAAAGUCCAGGACUUCCUGA